AUCUAGUAAACUCAUCUGCAAAAUGGAGAAAAUUUGGUUUUUGCAAAUGGCGUAUAUAAGCGUAUAUCUUGUCGUUAUUUAUCAUUAAGAAAGUGAUUUGUACAAGUUUUCAAGUUUUACUGUGUUUAUUGGUGCUUCUCUACAAAACGUUUAGUUUUUUCCUCCAUUCAGAACUUAUUUCGACUACCAAUUAUUUUAUCUACUCAAAUUGAUUUAUCUUGCGCAAGCAAAAUAGAAUUUGAAACAACUGUAGAUGAAAUAACGUCCUUGAACUUUUUAUUGUUACGGCUGUUAAAUAUAUAAAGAAAUCGGUUACACAGAAGAAUACUUUGAAUUUCAGUUACAGGUUGAACACAUUAUACAGCACUGACUUUUGCUUCCAUUUUUAUAUCACCAACCAAGUCCAAUGCGUCCAACAAGUUACUCCCAUACCAGGGAUCAGAGAUCCAGUAGAUAUAGUGAAGACCCUGUUCCUUCUACUUCACGUUCAAGAACUGAAGAAGAGAUCAAGAGAAGAAGAGAAGAAUGGAGACGUCAGCAAGAGUUAGAGAUGGAACAUGAGAGAUUAAAAAGACGAAAAAUUGAGGAAUGGGAAAGAAAACGGGCCCAAGAGCUGGGUAAAAGAAGCCCUAGUGACUCUCCUCCUCAUCAUCAUACAGGAAGAUCUUCACCAAGUCAAUAUCUAUCUACUUUCAAAGAAAAAUCAAGCGGAGAAAAACCCUUGUUCAAAGGUCCAGAGGGUACACCCAUUAAUUCGACAGAGUUACGUCGAAUUAAAGUUGAUAUUCGCAGAAACAUCCCUAUAAAGGGUCCUAUUCCUGAAAUAAAACGAGACAUACCUAAUCUUGAUGAUGUGAUUAUCUCGAGAAGAGAUGGAGAAGGAUCAAAGCCAAUAUUUGAUAGAGCGGAAAUAAAGAAAGGGGUUGUUAAAGGCGAUGAAGAGAAAGAACACCGUACCGUUAUGACAAUAAAAGAAGAUCAGUCAGGUUCUACCAAAUCACGAGCAUCAAGAAAGCGAUCUCUUUCACCGAGUUCGAGUAGGAUUCGUUACAGUCCCCAAUCUCAAUCUUACAGUCACUCCAGAGACAGAUUAGAGAAACAUAAAUUUUAUAAGGACAAUUAUCCAGAUAAAGAAGAUGAACGACGUAGUAAUCGUUCACGUUCUGUAGAACACAAACGCAACUUACAUUCCAGGUCAUUUAUAGAAGAUAAAUAUCGUUAUGAUAGAUAUCGUGAGAAAUCACGCGAACGUUCUCGUGAAAGCAGAGAUACAGAAAGAAGCAGAGAUAGAGAUAGAGACAGAGACAGAGACAGAGACAGAAUCAGAGAUAGAGAUAGAGAUAGAGAUAGAGAUAGGGACAGGGACAGGGACAGGGACAGAGAAAGAGAGAGAGAUAGAGAUAGAGACAGAGAUCGGGACAGAGAUAGAUACAUUGAACGGAGAGAUGUAGAAAAUUACAUCGGACCACUACAACUUUAUUCAGCAGAUUCUCUUCAUCCCUACAACUUUCCGAGACCAAUUAUUCCUAUAAUGGGCCCUAUGGUUCCACUACCAAGAGGAUUUAGACAAGUUGCUCCUUUAGGAAGAAUUCGAUAUCCUCCUCCAGUAGGACCGAUCAGACUACCAUAUCCUGGUCCGACUAUGUAUAGAUAUCGUGCUCCAUAUACAAAGUAAUCUAAAUGUAAUGUAAGUGUAAGGAUUUUCUUUGUGUGCUAUUUUAUUUGUAUGCAUCAUCCUUAUACAAGUGAUUUGAAAACUUUCAAAUUGUGUAGCUGAUUGAUUCUAUCAUGUUUUAAUUUAAAUUAAGAUUGAGAAAGUAAACAAUUGAGAUAUUUAUUGAUUGUUCGGUUUUGCUGUACGCUUUGUUAUUUUAUAUGAUAUUAAAAUAUAUAAUGUAUAUACA